AUGGAGUAUAUUCUACGCUCGAGUAAAAAAAUAUCACAAAACGCUGGUGGAACAAAAGGUGAAGCAAAUGGUACAGUUGCAGGAACGGGGGGUACCAUUUCAGGAUCAAAUAAUGGUGUCAUUAGCUCGCUAGCGUCUGCAGUAACGGAUAAAACAAUAACACUGGAAGAGAUUGAAAGUGGUAUCAACGAUGACACAGCACUUAACAUUACAUGGUCUUAUCCUAAUAAUAUUCUCUACGAGGUAUUAACAUUGAAACUCUCCGUGUACGAGUUUAUCAAUGGCUCACAGUUGGCAACAGAUGUCCCAAAAUCAUUUUCAUUCAACUUAACGUAUAGCAAUACAACAGUGAAAAAUUGCGCUGUAUCGGGCUUUCAACCAGGUAGAUACGUGAUUGCAUGUAUUCAAGCUCUGCAGUAUUAUCAAGGAGUGGUGGCAGCGCAAACAAACCAAUGUGGACUGGGUCAAACCACAGUAAAUGGCACUAGUUUACCGCAAUUGAAUUUGACCACAUCAUUUAGCAACAUAAGCGCAAAUCAAAUCGAUCUAAUACUCUUCUGGCCUUUACAAUUACCUUACGAUAAUGUGUCAAUGAAUGCCACAAUUAAUGGUAUGAUCUAUUCGAACUAUACAACAGUAUCAAACCAAACUUACAUGAUUACCACCUAUUAUUUUCUGAAUCUGUCACCAAACACCGAAUAUAACGUAUGUUCAUUUGUCAACUACUCGAACAACCAUGUGAGUGGUAGUGUUCCCGGCUUAAUGGCUUCGUCACAAAACAGUUGUAAUAAAGUCAAAACAACAUCAAAUGCAAUGGGUGGUGUCGGACAAGUUAAAUCAUUAUUAUUGGGAGUAAAAGCCUUUUACUCCCAAGCAAACACUUUACUUCGUGGGAUGAAUAAUGUAUAUUCAGCGGACAUAGGCGUUUUUUAUACGAAGAAUCCAGCGUUUAUACCACGUCCAGGACGAUGA